AGGUGAAAAGGAAAAAUUUUUGACACAUUUUAAAUAGAUGUAGUAUCUUUUGUUUAGAUGUCAUAUUGUACAAUAAGUAGUAACCAAUCAAACAGCGUUGCAAAUGGUACGAGCGCAGUGAUUGGCUGAAGAAAGCUGGAAUUAUACAGUAAAAGCUGGCGAGAUAAAUUGUUAUUGUGAUACCUCUUAAAUGACAUUUUUUUGUUUAUGCUUUUUGGUGGGCCUUUUAACGAUGUAUAAGCGCUAAUAAAAAUGCUCUGGUGUCUUAUUUACGAACCGAAUGGUGUAAUUCACGAAUUUUACUUGAAAAAAGACGCAAAAGGACAAGAUUGUCAUGCCAAAAUUUGUGAACGGUUGAAGCUAUAUGAAGGUGAUUAUUUCGGUUUAAGAUACAAAGGACGUAAGGGUUUCGAGACAUGGUUGAAUUUAAGAAAUCGUCUUUCCGCACAAUUACAUGGAAAACCGCCGUAUCGCCUUUGGUUUCUUGUAAAAUAUUUUGUCAAACCCCAAGAGUUGCAGCAAGAAAUCACCAGACAUCAAUAUUUUUUGACGUUGAAGUUGCAUUUGAGGCGGAAUCGAUUUGACUUGAGUACGCUUCCUACCAGAACAGUGGCAGAAAUUUGCGCUAAUCUGGCUCAGGCAGAAACAGGCGAUUUUAAUCCAGACAAUAUUGCGGAUUAUUCUUCGUAUUUGCCUUUGUGGGUAUGGUCAAUGUUUGCUAAAUCUUGUGACAUGAAGAAAGAGGUGUCAUUUGAGCAUAACAAAUUGACAGGUCAGCCACCGCAAAUGGCCGAGGUAAAUUUCCUUCAUCAGAUGUCAGUUUUGCAAGGGUAUGGCGUAGAGACGUUCACAGGCCGCUAUAGAGACGACAGUUAUGGAAGAAAGUUGAAGAUUCUCGUUGACUUGGAAGGUUUGAGAGUUUACAGCGUCAUUCGCGAGUACGAUGUAAAAUUGACAAAAGAAGUUGUCAGGAGUGUUUUGGAUAGAAGAAUUCACUAUGAGGAUGUUGCGACGGUUUCCUACAGUGGCCAUAACUUCACUGUUGUUCAUGGUUCAAGUGUGCACAAUGCCAACCGUAUUGUAUUUAAACUAAAACACGAGCUUAUGUCCAUCUCCAUAUUUCGCUCCUUUACAGAAUUCCACACUUUCUUUAACUGCAACAUGGUCAAAAAGGCUGUCAUUGAUCAAAAAUCACGAACAACAUUUGGGAAGUUUCUCACCAUCUUUUAUCCAAGCUCAACUGUUGGUGAAAGGCAUUUGUUUGACAUCCUCCGCACGAGAAGACAGACCUACACCCAUGCCUGGAGUGUUCUUAAUGAAGAACUAAACAUUAACAGAAGGCGAAAGCAAUCACAACCUGAAGAUUCCAAAUCAUUUCGUCCAGUACAAUCACCCUUAGCAAAUCGUCGUUCUGGAGAAAAUGAUGAUGUUGUAAUUGACUUGUCCAAAAGCUCACAUUCAAGGUUUACUGCUCAUGACAACUUGAAUGACCUGUCCAAUGAAGAGUUGAAAAGGAUUGUUCGGAACCUAGAGGAUUCUCGUAUUUGCCAGGUGUGCAUGGAUGAGGAGGUCACAACUGCAUUCUGCCCUUGUGGACAUGUAGUUUGCUGCACAAAGUGCUCAACCUUGUGCAGGGAGUGCCCCAUUUGUCGUUGUCAAAUAACAUAUGCACAAAGAGUGUUUUUUUCAUGUGAAUGAAGUUUGCUGGCUCAGUUAUUUUGCGCUUUAUUCAAUUCAGUGCAUUUUUGUAAAUGUUGCGUUUAGUGAACAAUAACCAUUUUGUCACCAUCCAGACAAUGUCGCUGAAUGAUCUUCUAACCAACAAACCUUAUGGUUGCUAUGAAGAAUUGCAUUAAAAACUGCUUGUGUGCUAAUAUUUAAUUGUACGUUACAUUUUAAGUCGGACGAGACUCUAAAGUUUAAAUAAAAGAACUCCUUAAGAAA